GUUUCCUGUGGACGGGCUAUUUGUUCUGGUCCAAGAUGGCGGCUCUCGCUUUCGAGUUGUAUUUCACUCUCGCGUAUGGACUUGUAGCGAUGUGUUUUUUCGCCCCUCCAAAGGAGUUCGUCAGUGCAGGGCUCACUAUACAGAACAUUUUGUCUAGCUACCUGGGUAGCGAAGAUAUGGAUUUCGUGGGAUACCACCUUAGAAGAACUGCGUCAACCGUCUUGGUGCAUUCAUGUCUUCCACUUGGCUAUUAUAUUGGACUGGGGAUGAUAUCAAAGAAGCUUAAUAUGUUUGAACCUGGCCGUGCUGAUAUCAUGAUUAACAUGUGUUUGUUACUGUGUGUUGGUAUUGCCGUGUACGGAGUGGCUUUAGUCAGAUAUUGGUCUUGGGACAGGUGGUCACACCAUCCCCUGUGUAAAGUUCUAGCAAGUCAUGGGGGGCCUUGGAGGGCAGUAGCAUCUUCAAUAAACAUCGAGUUCCGUAGAAUCACCAAAUUCACUUCCAUUAUUGGGGCAACCAAAUUGUUCAUCACAGACUCAUGGAUAGUCAAAUGCACAGCUUAUAAAGUACAUGUCGCACACAAGCCUGAUGUACACCUGUCAAUCAUAGCCUCUGAAGACCAUGAUAUUUCACCUGAGAACUCAGUGUCUCUUCAGUUUUUGAACAUUCUAGUUGAGAGCAUCAAUCCUACCGUUGAGCCUUUUGUGAUCAGAUUGUUGUCAACAGAUUACGGCGAUCUGAAAGACAGGCUGCAAGCACCUAUCAGGAAUGCAAGGAAUGUCAUCAUUCACCAGUCACUAAGUGAUCGCUUCCUGGAUGCAUUCAGGAGUCUUGUGGAGCAGAAUGAGAGAUUCCACUUGGGGGAUGCUGAGGAACCAGAGCCUUGUAUUGGCUGCAUGCAGCAGCAAGCUGAUAUCAAGCUCCACAAGCUUUGUGAUGAUGAGGGGUCAUCAGGUGACUGUGUUUCGUGCUACUGUAGGCCAAUGUGGUGUCUGGACUGCAUGGGGAAAUGGUUUGCGAGUCGCCAAGACCAGCAAAAGCCAGAAACCUGGCUGUCCAGUACAUGUCCCUGCCCAACAUGCCGAUCGGUCUUCUGUAUGCUGGAUGUGUGUAAAAUUGACAGAUAACUAAAGUUCGGUCCUCUGUUUGCUUGAUGUGUGUAAAAUUGACAGAUAACGACAGUUCGGUCUUCUGUAUGCUUGAUGUGUGUGAAAUUGACAGAUAACCAAAGUUCGGUCUUCUGUAUGCUGGAUGUGUGUAAAAUUGACAGAUAACUAAAGUUCUGUCUUCUGUAUGCUGGAUGUGUGUAAAAUUGACAGAUAACUAAAGUUCGGUCUUCUGUAUGCUUGAUGUGUGUAAAAUUGACAGAUAACUAAAGUUCGGUCUUCUGUAUGCUGGAUGUGUGUAAAAUUGACAGAUAACUAAAGUUCUGUCUUCUGUAUGCUGGAUGUGUGUAAAAUUGACAGAUAACUAAAGUUCGGUCUUCUGUUUGCUUGAUGUGUGUAAAAUUGACAGAUAACUAAAGUUCGAUCUUCUGUAUGCUUGAUGUGUGUAAAAUUGACAGAUAAAUAAAUUUCGGUCUUCUGUAUGCUGGAUGUGUGUAAAAUUGACAGAUAACUAAAGUUCGGUCUUCUGUAUGCUUGAUGUGUGUAAAAUUGACAGAUAACCAAAGUUCGGUCUUCUGUAUGCUUGAUGUGUGUAAAAUUGACAGAUAACUAAAGUUCGGUCUUCUGUAUGCUUGAUGUGUGUAAAAUUGACAGAUAACAAAAGUUUGGUCUUCUGUAUGCUUGAUGUGUGUAAAAUUGACAGAUAACUAAAGUUCGGUCUUCUGUAUGCUGGAUGUGUGUAAAAUUGACAGAUAACUAAAGUUCGGUCUUCUGUAUGCUUGAUGUGUGUAAAAUUGACAGAUAACAAAAGUUGGUCUUCUGUAUGCUGGAUGUGUGUAAAAUUGACAGAUAACUAAAGUUCGGUCUUCUGUAUGCUGGAUGUGUGUAAAAUUGACAGGUAACUAAAGUUCGGUCUUCUGUAUGCUGGAUGUGUGUAAAAUUGACAGAUAACUAAAGUUCGGUCUUCUGUAUGCUUGAUGUGUGUAAAAUUGACAGAUAACAAAAGUUUGGUCUUCUGUAUGCUGGAUGUGUGUAAAAUUGACAGAUAACUAAAGUUCGGUCUUCUGUAUGCUGGAUGUGUGUAAAAUUGACAGAUAACUAAAGUUCGGUCUUCUGUAUGCUUGAUGUGUGUAAAAUUGACAGAUAACCAAAGUUCGGUCUUCUGUAUGCUUGAUGUGUGUAAAAUUGACAGAUAACCAAAGUUCGGUCUUCUGUAUGCUUGAUGUGUGUAAAAUUGACAGAUAACCAAAGUUCGGUCUUCUGUAUGCUGGAUGUGUGUAAAAUUGACAGAUAACUAAAGUUCUGUCUUCUGUAUGCUGGAUGUGUGUAAAAUUGACAGAUAACUAAAGUUCGGUCUUCUGUAUGCUUGAUGUGUGUAAAAUUGACAGAUAACUAAAGUUCGGUCUUCUGUAUGCUGGAUGUGUGUAAAAUUGACAGAUAACUAAAGUUCUGUCUUCUGUAUGCUGGAUGUGUGUAAAAUUGACAGAUAACUAAAGUUCGGUCUUCUGUUUGCUUGAUGUGUGUAAAAUUGACAGAUAACUAAAGUUCGGUCUUCUGUAUGCUUGAUGUGUGUAAAAUUGACAGAUAAAUAAAUUUCGGUCUUCUGUAUGCUGGAUGUGUGUAAAAUUGACAGAUAACUAAAGUUCGGUCUUCUGUAUGCUUGAUGUGUGUAAAAUUGACAGAUAACCAAAGUUCGGUCUUCUGUAUGCUUGAUGUGUGUAAAAUUGACAGAUAACUAAAGUUCGGUCUUCUGUAUGCUUGAUGUGUGUAAAAUUGACAGAUAACAAAAGUUCGGUCUUCUGUUUGCUUGAUGUGUGUAAAAUUGACAGAUAACUAAAGUUCGGUCUUCUGUAUGCUUGAUGUGUGUAAAAUUGACAGAUAAAUAAAUUUCGGUCUUCUGUAUGCUGGAUGUGUGUAAAAUUGACAGAUAACUAAAGUUCGGUCUUCUGUAUGCUUGAUGUGUGUAAAAUUGACAGAUAACCAAAGUUCGGUCUUCUGUAUGCUUGAUGUGUGUAAAAUUGACAGAUAACUAAAGUUCGGUCUUCUGUAUGCUUGAUGUGUGUAAAAUUGACAGAUAACAAAAGUUUGGUCUUCUGUAUGCUUGAUGUGUGUAAAAUUGACAGAUAACUAAAGUUCGGUCUUCUGUAUGCUGGAUGUGUGUAAAAUUGACAGAUAACUAAAGUUCGGUCUUCUGUAUGCUUGAUGUGUGUAAAAUUGACAGAUAACAAAAGUUGGUCUUCUGUAUGCUGGAUGUGUGUAAAAUUGACAGAUAACUAAAGUUCGGUCUUCUGUAUGCUGGAUGUGUGUAAAAUUGACAGGUAACUAAAGUUCGGUCUUCUGUAUGCUGGAUGUGUGUAAAAUUGACAGAUAACUAAAGUUCGGUCUUCUGUAUGCUUGAUGUGUGUAAAAUUGACAGAUAACAAAAGUUUGGUCUUCUGUAUGCUGGAUGUGUGUAAAAUUGACAGAUAACUAAAGUUCGGUCUUCUGUAUGCUGGAUGUGUGUAAAAUUGACAGAUAACUAAAGUUCGGUCUUCUGUAUGCUUGAUGUGUGUAAAAUUGACAGAUAACCAAAGUUCGGUCUUCUGUAUGCUUGAUGUGUGUAAAAUUGACAGAUAACCAAAGUUCGGUCUUCUGUAUGCUUGAUGUGUGUAAAAUUGACAGAUAACCAAAGUUCGGUCUUCUGUAUGCUGGAUGUGUGUAAAAUUGACAGAUAACUAAAGUUCUGUCUUCUGUAUGCUGGAUGUGUGUAAAAUUGACAGAUAACUAAAGUUCGGUCCUCUGUUUGCUUGAUGUGUGUAAAAUUGACAGAUAACGACAGUUCGGUCUUCUGUAUGCUUGAUGUGUGUAAAAUUGACAGAUAACCAAAGUUCGGUCUUCUGUAUGCUGGAUGUGUGUAAAAUUGACAGAUAACUAAAGUUCUGUCUUCUGUAUGCUGGAUGUGUGUAAAAUUGACAGAUAACUAAAGUUCGGUCUUCUGUAUGCUUGAUGUGUGUAAAAUUGACAGAUAACUAAAGUUCGGUCUUCUGUAUGCUGGAUGUGUGUAAAAUUGACAGAUAACUAAAGUUCUGUCUUCUGUAUGCUGGAUGUGUGUAAAAUUGACAGAUAACUAAAGUUCGGUCUUCUGUUUGCUUGAUGUGUGUAAAAUUGACAGAUAACUAAAGUUCGGUCUUCUGUAUGCUUGAUGUGUGUAAAAUUGACAGAUAAAUAAAUUUCGGUCUUCUGUAUGCUGGAUGUGUGUAAAAUUGACAGAUAACUAAAGUUCGGUCUUCUGUAUGCUUGAUGUGUGUAAAAUUGACAGAUAACCAAAGUUCGGUCUUCUGUAUGCUUGAUGUGUGUAAAAUUGACAGAUAACUAAAGUUCGGUCUUCUGUAUGCUUGAUGUGUGUAAAAUUGACAGAUAACAAAAGUUUGGUCUUCUGUAUGCUUGAUGUGUGUAAAAUUGACAGAUAACUAAAGUUCGGUCUUCUGUAUGCUGGAUGUGUGUAAAAUUGACAGAUAACUAAAGUUCGGUCUUCUGUAUGCUUGAUGUGUGUAAAAUUGACAGAUAACCAAAGUUCGGUCUUCUGUAUGCUUGAUGUGUGUAAAAUUGACAGAUAACCAAAGUUCGGUCUUCUGUAUGCUGGAUGUGUGUAAAAUUGACAGAUAACUAAAGUUCUGUCUUCUGUAUGCUGGAUGUGUGUAAAAUUGACAGAUAACUAAAGUUCGGUCUUCUGUAUGCUGGAUGUGUGUAAAAUUGACAGAUAACUAAAGUUCGGUCUUCUGUAUGCUGGAUGUGUGUAAAAUUGACAGAUAACUAAAGUUCGGUCUUCUGUAUGCUUGAUGUGUGUAAAAUUGACAGAUAACUAAAGUUCGGUCUUCUGUUUGCUGGAUGUGUGUAAAAUUGACAGAUAACUAAAGUUCGGUCCUCUGUUUGCUUGAUGUGUGUAAAAUUGACAGAUAACAAAAGUUGGUCUUCUGUAUGCUGGAUGUGUGUAAAAUUGACAGAUAACUAAAGUUCGGUCUUCUGUAUGCUGGAUGUGUGUAAAAUUGACAGAUAACCAAAGUUCGGUCUUCUGUAUGCUGGAUGUGUGUAAAAUUGACAGAUAACUAAAGUUCGGUCUUCUGUUUGCUUGAUGUGUGUAAAAUUGACAGAUAACUAAAGUUCUGUCUUCUGUAUGCUGGAUGUGUGUAAAAUUGACAGAUAACCAAAGUUCGGUCUUCUGUAUGCUUGAUGUGUGUAAAAUUGACAGAUAACCAAAGUUCGGUCUUCUGUAUGCUUGAUGUGUGUAAAAUUGACAGAUAACCAAAGUUCGGUCUUCUGUAUGCUGGAUGUGUGUAAAAUUGACAGAUAACCAAAGUUCUGUCUUCUGUAUGCUGGAUGUGUGUAAAAUUGACAGAUAACUAAAGUUCGGUCUUCUGUAUGCUGGAUGUGUGUAAAAUUGACAGAUAACCAAAGUUCGGUCUUCUGUAUGCUGGAUGUGUGUAAAAUUGACAGAUAACCAAAGUUCGGUCUUCUGUUUGCUUGAUGUGUGUAAAAUUGACAGAUAACUAAAGUUCUGUCUUCUGUAUGCUGGAUGUGUGUAAAAUUGACAGAUAACCAAAGUUCGGUCUUCUGUAUGCUUGAUGUGUGUAAAAUUGACAGAUAACCAAAGUUCGGUCUUCUGUAUGCUUGAUGUGUGUAAAAUUGACAGAUAACCAAAGUUCGGUCUUCUGUAUGCUGGAUGUGUGUAAAAUUGACAGAUAACUAAAGUUCUGUCUUCUGUAUGCUGGAUGUGUGUAAAAUUGACAGAUAACUAAAGUUCGGUCUUCUGUAUGCUUGAUGUGUGUAAAAUUGACAGAUAACAAAAGUUUGGUCUUCUGUAUGCUGGAUGUGUGUAAAAUUGACAGGUAACUAAAGUUCGGUCUUCUGUAUGCUGGAUGUGUGUAAAAUUGACAGAUAACUAAAGUUCGGUCUUCUGUAUGCUGGAUGUGUGUAAAAUUGACAGAUAACUAAAGUUCGGUCUUCUGUAUGCUGGAUGUGUGUAAAAUUGACAGAUAACUAAAGUCAAAUUGAAAUGUGUGAAAUAGUCUAUCUUCAGCUUUGGAGCAAUUUUAGUAAUUAGAGCAAUUUUAUCUAUUUUACAGUAAUAUAUAGAUGCAUAGAACUUGAUAACCAAAACUUGGAUUUGGAUUCCAGAUUUGGAUUUAAUCCAAGCUAGCAUGGGGUUCACAUGAUCUUGGUUGCAUUGUAUUAAAGCAAGCAUGGCAAGCAAACUAGUGUAGAAGAAUUUUGUCAAAUGGAGGAAUUAAAGAUAUUUACGAAAA